CGCACCGCGAGGACCGAGUUUGGAUAUCCGUGACUUACAUAAGUAGGGGAGGAAACCCGGCGGGAUACUUGUGGAUAAGUAUUAAUGAUCCUGCACUUGAUUUUUUUGAUGUAAAUGUCCAACAGGAGACAUUUGAUCAUUCCGUCUUUCGAAUGGGAACGUCUUGUUCGAUAGUUCUCAUGCUGUGAGAAGUGCACUGCGAAUUAAUUCUAGCGAGUGAAAAUGUGGCCCAAGUAAAGCGGGAGUCUCGCCAGCCCACUCCUCUCUCUUCUCCUCCCCGUGCCUCCCGGCCUGCCUUCGUCCGCACCUCUCACGCGGGUGUGACAUUUUCCGAGCGCCUCAUAGGAGUCCGCAAGGCAGCGCGCGGACAUGACGGACAACAAACUACCGGACCCGCCCGCCGACCCAGACUCGACUGCAGCAAGGCAGCCCACGGGGGGAAACGGUCAGUGCGAGCAGGCGGACUCUCCCAAGCAGCGAGAAGACCAUCCGCGUCAUCAGGCCAGCAACGGCAGUCAGGGAGAGCUGAUCAAGAUGGACCAGGAGAUGAGGAUUACCGAGAGCAUCGAGGACGGAGGUCUUUUGGAGAGCAGCAUGCGCCUGAAACCACACGAAGCACAAAGCUACCGCAAAAAGGCCCUGUGGGUUUCUUGGGCGUCCAUCGGAGCCACGAUCAUCCUGGCGAUUGCCGCCUUCACUGUCUCCAUCAUGCGACACAGCGCUUCUGCUUUUGGAUUUGCUUUUGACGCCACGCUGGAUGUCCUCUCCUCAUUUAUUGUGCUGUGGCGUUACAGCAAUGCUGCCGCCGUCCACUCUGCUCAUCGGGAAUACAUAGCCUGCGUCAUCCUGGGUGUGAUUUUCAUCUUGUCCUCCUUGUGCAUAUUGGGUAAGGCAAUCCAUGACCUGGCCACCAAGCUGCUGCCUGAAGUGGAUGAUUUCCUCUUCAGCGUCUCCAUUGUCAGCGGCGUGGUCUGCAUCUUCCUGGCCACCAUCAAGUUCAUGCUGGGCAAGGUGCUCACGAGUCAGGCCCUCAUUACAGACGGCUUUAACUCUCUGGUGGGGGGCGUCAUGGGCUUCUCCAUUCUCAUCAGCGCGGAGGUGUUCAAGCAUGAGCCCAUGAUCUGGUACCUGGACGGGACAAUAGGUGUCCUCAUUGGCCUGAUCAUCUUUGCCUAUGGAGUCAAGCUGCUGCUGGACAUGAUCCCACGAGUGAGACAAACCAGGAACUACGAGCGCUUUGAGUAACGUCGUGCCGGCUGGCUCACAGUGGGGAUGUGGACAAGGAGCAAAAGGACUGGGGAGGGGAACGGUUGAGGCAGCAUCCCCCAACCACCUACUUGCCAGAGACUCUGCAGAAUCUGUGUGCCGAUGCCGACGUCCUCGCCAUUCCAUUCUUUGAACUGCAGUGAGGAUGUUGGGAGUUUUAGAAUGUAGCGUACAUCAACCAUCUUGCUGAGGUUGCCUCCAAAUUUGAGUAGGACAAGGGGACUUGCCCUAAGUUGCUGACUGAGACGAGGCUGCUCGGAUGAGUGUCGACAAACCGCUUUGCCAAACUUGUCAUAAGUUGAUUCCCCCCCACCUCAAUGUGGCAGCGGAGCAGGUCACGAUUGAGUCGGCCCGCAGCAGCAGCGAAACCGCAACAGGAAUCUCAAGAACUGUGCUGGUCUGCUACUUUCAAAGAAUUCCAUUUUCAUGGUGGCAUAUGUGACUGUACCGGAAUGUACACACUCUGCUGUUAAUCUAUUUAACAAGAUCACUAAGGAUUUUUUUUUUUUAGUAAUGGUAUCCAAGUAGCUCAAAUAGUAUUUUGUCCUCACAUCUGUGUGCAACUGUAUAUUUGGGAUACUAAUUGUAUUCUGUUGGAACCGCAUGACAAUAAUUUGUAUUGUUCUGUACCCAUGUUCCAAAUGUAGACACAAAAGUUACUUUUGUAUGAUGACAACCAACCUGCCGGACACACUGCAACUUAGUCUCAACAGUAAAAUCAUCUGUUCUGCUGUAAUGUCAAAUGUUGAAGCAGUCGGAGCCUUUUUUUUCCACUGAAAAAAAAAAGUUUAUUUAAAAAUUAAAUCAUAGCCCGCUUAUUCAUUGAGAAAUGUUAACACAAAAA